CUGGAGAGGAUUGAAGAGGGAAUGGAUCAAAUCAAUAAGGACAUGAAAGAAGCAGAAAAAAAUCUCUCGGAUCUGGGCAAAUGCUGUGGCCUUUGUUCCUGUCCUUGCAAUAAGUUAAAGAACUUUGAGGCAGGAGGAGCCUACAAGAAGGUGUGGGGGAAUAACCAGGAUGGUGUGGUGGCCAGCCAGCCUGCCCGGGUGAUGGACGAUCGGGAACAGAUGGCUAUGAGUGGCGGAUACAUCCGAAGAGUCACGGAAGAUGCUCGGGAAAAUGAGAUGGAGGAAAACCUGGACCAGGUGGGAAGCAUCAUUGGCAACCUGCGACACAUGGCUCUUGACAUGAGCAAUGAGAUUGGCUCCCAGAAUGCCCAGAUUGACCGGAUUGUGGUCAAGGGGGAUAUGAACAAAGCUCGCAUUGAUGAAGCCAAUAAGCACGCCACCAAGAUGCUGUGAGCUGCUUCUCUAGAAGAAGCCACCUUUCUGCCAGAGACACCCAUCCCAUUCUCCACUGCAGCAUCUGAAAGGUCCUGGAGGGGCAAGUCCCCUGUGC